CAAAUGAGACAUUCUCCUGAGAAAAAAAAAAACCUAUUAGGUGGGUUUUGAGAUAAUGAAAAGUGAAAUCUGUUACUACGAACUAUGAAUAAAAUCUAUGAUCAGAUUUUAACAAAAUCGUAUGUUAAACUAACAAGACCAAAGCUAUGUGUUUAACAGUGUGUUUCGUUAUUUUAAUAGGGAAAAAUAUUCGCCAUACAAUAUUUAGUCUUAGGGGCCGGUCACAUGAGAUCGAGGUUAACUCAAAAUGGUUUAAGUCACUUUGGUUCAUGGUGUAUUUCUUAGGAUUGUUUUAUGAUCAAGGUGGAUUUCUUUAACACUUCACUCUGGAGUGAAAUAUACAGUUUUUAUGCACACUUAAAUUCACGAAUAUAAAAGAUUUGGCUGAAAUUAAAAUCAACUCAAAGUUGCACUUUUCACUGCAAAGUGAAAUUUCACUUUGGCCUCAUGUAAACCACCUCUUAGCAAAAUUUACUUGAAAUUUAUUUGUUAUUUUCGAAGCUGGUAUAUUGUUCUUCUGUUUGUUUUAACCUAACUGUACUUUUUAUAGGUUAAUAUUCAGUAAAACAAUAUGAAUCUUCAGAAACCUUCCAUCUUCGCAAUUACUUUGUUGGUGUAUCAAUCUACCAUAUUGGCCAUCCUUUAUAUAUUCAACAUAUCUCCACUUUGCUCUGUGCAUAUAAUGUUAUUUUUGAAAGUGUACAUUCCCUUGUUACUACUGGGAUUUUUUGCAACAAUUCGAGUUAUGGCUACUACUAAAAAGAACAUCAACGAGGGUGUGAUGUUUUUAUACGGGCUAUCUGCAACGCUGAUUGGUGCAUGUAUAUAUCACGUGUUUGCUGUAUUAUUAGGAGCCGCAUUUACAGAAGGUUUAGAAGAAACAUUUAGCUUCAGUUGUUUAUGCGCUACUUUAACCAUCUUUCCACUUUUUAUCGUUCAUGAAACGCAAUGGGAAGAAUUUGUCAACUAUUUACCCGAUUCUUUAGAUCCGAAAAUUUCACUGCAUGAUGCGAUAAAGACCACAUCAUUUUUUACUGUUGCAGGGGCAUGGGUCGGUGCUUUUCCUAUCCCGUUAGAUUGGGACCGUGAUUGGCAGACCUGGCCAAUCACAUGUUGCUUUGGAGCAAUUUCUGGCAAUUUAAUUGGUUUAUUUUACGUCAUUAUCGUGUCUUCGAAUUACUUCGAACGUAUCAUGUUUUGGAAACGUAAGGUGACAUAAACAAAGCCUUGCUGAAUAUCUUACGAGUCUGGGUCGAAGCUCGGUAUUUGAAUUUUUGGUUAUACGUCAUGUCAACGCGUUCUUCAGUAUAACAUUAAGAAUAUCCGUGCUAACUUUUUUGUACGAGAAUUUUAUUAAAACUUUGUGUAUUAUAUUUUUACCGUGAAAAUACUAUGUACAAGCUGAUAGGGAUGUAAUAAAAUUUACAUCUUUGA